GCCACGAUGAAGGUUGAUUCGUUCCUUACAGCACGUAAUGGCGCCGGCGGCGUGGAUCGUAGAGGCGGACACGGGCCGACACCCUUGCAAGUGAGCGGUACCUGCAGCUCGGGCAAAGUGGAAUGGGCCGAUGAUUUCGACCGUCCCUUCAAGGAUGGUGGCUGGCGCAUUGUAGAUUGUUCACGAUCCUGUAGGGAGCAAACACAUCCACGUAAUCGGACGAGCGUGCGCGGUCUGGCCUUUACGAACAUUGUGACUUGACGAUCAGUGAACUGAAGAGGCACCCCACCAUGGCGCCCAGUGAACACACAGUAAACGCGUAUGGGAAAGACGAGAAGGUGAAGAGCUUGGGGAGAGUACUCGUGACUGGCGGUAGUGGCUUUCUUGGACAUCACAUCGUAGCAUUACUAGACUCAAGAGGAGCAUGCGCUCAGCUUUCGAGUCUCGAUCUGCGGCCAGAUGCCAACCCCAUCAAUGGUGUGGAGUAUCACCAAGGCGAUAUCACCGACUACGAUAGCAUGCUCAAGCUGUUUGGGAAGAUCAAGCCAGACGCCGUAAUACACACUGCUUCUCCCGCUGCAUUGAACAAUAACAAGAGCGACCUCAUGUACAAUGUCAACGUGAACGGCACCAAGACUCUCCUCCGAGCUUCGCAGGAGACUGGUGUCAAGGCAUUUGUAUACACCUCCUCGGCAUCGAUCAUCCACGAUACCAUCAGCGAUCUGGUCAAUGCGGACGAGACGUAUCCGCUUAUCAUGGGCGACGCACAACCACAAUACUAUAGCACAACCAAGGCACAAGCAGAGGUGGAAGUACUUGCCGCAAACCGCGCGCCGAACUAUCCCAAAUUCCUGACCGCGGCAAUACGACCCAGCGCAAUGUUCGGCGAAGGCGAUGUGCAACUACUUCCACCCGGUCUAUCAGCGUACUACAGAGGCCAAACCAGAUUCCAAAUCGGAGACAACGAGAACCUUUUCGACUUCACCGAAAUCACGAACGUAGCACACGCCCACCACCUCGCCCUUGCCGCACUCCUGGCAACCCGCGACCGCGAAGACUCCGGCCUAGCAGCACCUCUAGACCACGAAAGGGUGGAUGGCGAAGCCUUCUUCAUCACCAACGACGCGCCUGUGUACUUCUUCGACUUCGCGCGGAUGUGCUGGGCCGCGGCGGGUGACAAGACGCAGCCGAACGAAGUCUGGGUACUCAGUAAAGAGUUUGGAUUGACCGUGGCGACGAUCAUGGAAUGGGUGUACUGGGCGUUUCGGCUUGGCAAGCCGAAUCUGACGACAGCGCAGGUCAAGUAUACGUGCAUGACGAGGUAUUAUAGUAUUGACAAGGCGAAAAAGCGGUUGGGGUACCGGCCGGUUGUCAAGUUGGAGGAUGGGAUACGGAGGGGUGUCAAGGAUGCGCUGUACAGGGGUGUUGUGGUCGGGCAGCCUCCGGAGUUGAAGGGAAAGAAGAUGCAGUAGCAGACAGUUCAAGCCGUGCAAGCAUUCAUCCAGCUGCUGAAACUUACUCAGUUCCGGCCUGUCUGACCCCAAUUCAUCUGCUCCCGCUAUAUAAGCUGCUCUCGCCACCCCGGGCAAGCUGGAGAAGUGAUUACUGCGGCUACUCUGAACUUCACACCGUGAGUCUCCGAGCUUUGAGGUACUCAUGAUAUCCCAUCUCCGCAUCAAUCCUCUCGCGCAACCCUCUCGCCGUCUCUCCGUCAAACUCCUUGACCCACUUCUCUGUCUCAGCAUCAAUAGCGACAGCGUC